CAAAAGCUUGGGCUUAAGUCAUCUUACGUUAGCUGUCCUCCUCCCCCAGUUUUAACGUGCCUCUCUCUCUCUCUCUCCACUUACACUUAUGUACAUACGCAUUCUCUCUCUCUUUCUAUAACAACAAAAAGAAGGGUAGGGAAAAUCCAAAGCCAAUGCCACCUGUUGUUUCUUCAUAAUUUUCCACCAAGAACGAUCACCACCUGUAAACAAUUUGUUACAAAACCCUAGUGUUUUCUAUUUUUUUCUCUUCCAUUUGUGACCUCUUUCUGCAAAUGGGUCUAUAUAUAUAGACAAAAAAGAAUCCAUUGAGAUUACACUCUGAGAUCACACAAAUCUGAAGAAACCCAUUUCUUCUCAUCUCUGUAUAGAGAUAGAAAGAUUGGGUUGUGGUAGAGAAUCAAAGAAAGCAGCUUUAUUUCUACCAAAAUUUAUUCUCUUUUUAUUAUUUAUUUUGGGGUUUGUGAGGUUUUGAUUCAAUGGCUGCUGGGGCAGAAGUGUCUGGUGAGACAGUAGUGGAAGUUCCUGCUGUUCAAUCUUCACCAAACACUGAAACUGUUAAUGCUAAUUGUAAUAGCAAUACUAUAGAUGUAUCUAAUGGUGUGAAAGACUCCGAUUCGAGUUCUAAUUCGAACUCAGAAUUGCAAAUGAAAGACAUUGUCAACAUGUUGUCCAAUUUGAAACUGAAUCCAAUGGCGAAAGAGUUUUUUCCUUCAUCCUAUAAUGGUGGACAAUUGGCCGUGAAUACCUUUGUGGCAGCUAAUAGGAGUUCAGGCAACGUUGGCUACGCGAAUAAUCGGAGGAGAAGAAAUAACUACACCCAGGGCAGGAAGCGGCUGAGUGGGAGAGCUUUUAGAGCUCAAAGAGACGAUAGUAUAAGGCGAACAGUGUAUGUCUCUGACAUAGAUCCUAAUAUCACUGAAGAGGAACUUGCUACCUUAUUUAGCAGCUAUGGGCAUGUUUCUGAUUGCCGAGUUUGCGGCGACCCUCAUUCCCGUCUUCGCUUUGCAUUUGUAGAGUUUGCUGAUGAGCAAUCUGCGAGAGCAGCUCUUAACCUUGGUGUGACAAUGCUAGGAUUCUCUCCGGUUAAGGUCUUACCUUCAAAAACUGCUAUCCUUCCCGUGAACCCUACAUUUCUUCCCAGGUCAGAGGAUGAAUGGGAGAUGUGUGCAAGGACUGUUUACUGUACAAAUAUUGAUAAGAAGGUUUCCCAAGCUGAUGUCAAGAACUUCUUUGAAACAAGAUGUGGUGAGGUUUCUCGCCUGAGGCUUUUGGGGGAUCAGGUGCAUUCCACCCGUAUCGCUUUUGUUGAGUUUGUCAUGGCAGAGAGUGCGAUUGUUGCACUGGAUUGUUGUGGCGAGUUGUUGGGAUCUCAACGCAUCAGGGUAAGUCCUUCGAAGACACCUGUGAGGCCACGACUUCCUCGCUCCUCUUUCGUUAACUAGUCAUCAGAUACGCAAAUUCCAUGGAAGGAAUGCGCAGUCUAUUGCAUCUAGAGAGAGACGUGAUGAAAUGGCGAGGAAACUUCCCUUUGCUUCGGUAUUUCCAGCUUUUCUAUAGCAAGAGUUACUUUGUUUUUUCCCCUGCAACUGAACAUCUGGUUAACCUGGCUUCAGUUGAAGUUUUUUACAGGACCCUUCUAAAUUUUUAAUCUGAAGUACUUUUAUCGUAAUCUAUCCUUUGUUUUGUCAAAACGAUCCAUCGUAAAUCUAGUUUCUGUUAUUGUCACGGUCACGAGCAAUCCUUAAUGAAUCUAUUUUCAGUUAUUGUGGUGGUCAUAAGCAAAUCUAGUUAUCAGUUCCACUUGUGGUAGCUCAAAGUCUGGUCAUCCUAUAGUGCAAAAGAUAUAGAGAAAGGGUGAGGUGAGAAACCUAACGAGGUUAGAAAAAGGUCAG